UGUGUUUCUUAGUUCACUACUUAUGCUGUUUGGAUCAAUUUCAUAUAUUAUUUUACUAAAGUGACAGUGAAAUGAGAAGUAUCAUGGAUCUGAAGGACUACUUUAGAAGGAUUGGGUUCAGUGGCCGGUAUGAGAAACCUGACCUGGCCACGCUCUCCACCGUACACAAGCUGCAUGUGCUGAGCAUUCCCUUUGAAAAUCUCAGCAUCCACUGUGGAGAGAAGAUCACUAUGGACCUGCAGGUCAUUUAUGACAAAAUUGUUCGCAGCCACCGUGGAGGAUGGUGCUGUGAGAACAACUUCCUCUUCUCCUGGGUUCUGAGAGAGAUGGGCUACAAAUACACUACACUGAGCUCCAAGGUCUUCGAUACAUUUAACAAUGACUUCGACGACAUGGAUUCACAUUUCAUCAACAUGAUCGAGAUCGAUGGCAAGCUGUACAUCGCUGAUGUGGGUUUUGGCACGUGGGGUCAACUCUGGCACCCGAUAGAAAUGAUCGCAGGCAAGGACCAACCUCAGCCUCCAGGGGUGUUCCGCCUACUUAACGACGAUGAGCGGUGGACCCUGGAAAAAACGGGGAGGAAACCGCUGAUCCUGAACGAGGCCUUCGCCAACUGCAGCCUUGCCAACCAACACCUGAAGAAGACCGUGUACAGCUUCACUUUAACGCCACGCAGCCAUGACUAUUUUCUGAAGAAAGCCGACCACCUACAGACCAGUCCUGAGUCUUUGUACACCAAAAAAUCCAUCUGUUCCUUACAGCUUGCCACAGGCUUCAGAGCUUUGAUUGGUUGGACCUACAUUGAGGUCAAAUUCAACUCUGAAGAUGAUGUGGACAUCACUGAUAUAAAGGACAUACCAGAUGGUGAGGUAGAGAUUGUACUAAGGGAAAAGUUUAAUGUUACUUUGCUAAAUAAAUUAACACCUAAAAACAAGAAAAUAUAGGAAAUGAUUAGGGCAUGUAUUGUGUGUUGUGCUUAUUUUUUAAAAAUCAAAUAUUCCUAAACAGUCUAAAAUUAACAAUCCACAUUUAACUAAUUUAUGUAUUGUACUUGAUUGCAUAUUAAGAGGAUAAUGCACAAUUGCAUAUUAUUUUAUUUUCUUGGCUAUUUGAAGUGUCUUCGUCUAACCAUAGCAAAGAGUAUGAUUUAUAUUUUACUAAAAAGAGAAAAAUAGAGUACUUUGUUAAUUUGUUGAAUCUUCCUAAUCUGUACAAAUAAA